GCCUUGGUAGUAUAAAAGCGAAAACACAUUGAAUUUUCGAAAAUAUUAUUAAACAUGAAACAUUUGUGGACACUAUUAACUUACUGUGCGGCGGCAGUUUAUGCCUCUUCUUCGGUUAUUGGCAAGGAGGAGCAUUUGAAUGGCGUUAAUGGUUGGUAUGUACCUAGAAAAGAUGGCUCCUUCGAAUGGUACGAUCUUCAAACGGUCGAAGCACUAUUUAGAGAAAACGAAAAGACCGAAGACAUCAAUUUGAGUAAAAAUCCGGUUCAGUUUUAUUUAUGCACACAGUCUAAUCCAAAUAAGGCCCAGCGAAUCAAGGCCACUAUUCAAUCUAUUGAUUCAUCCCAUUUCAAUGCUACGAAUCCUACCAGAAUCACCGUACACGGUUGGGGCUCUAGUAAAGAUGAUUACCUCAAUUACGGUGCAUGUGAGGCUUGGCUCACUCGAGGAGACUUUAAUAUGAUUCGCGUUGAUUGGGCUCGUGCACGUUCCGUGGAUUACGCAACCUCAGUUCUGGCUACUAAGGGUGUAGGAAAGAAAAUAGCUUCUCUUGUGGAUUUCUUGGUUAAAAACUACGAUUUAAAACUAGAGGACUUGGAGAUUAUUGGUCAUAGUUUGGGAGCGCACGUUGCUGGAUUUGCCGGCAAGAAUAUUUGUUCAGGUCAACCACAUGCCAUCGUAGGUUUAGAUCCCGCUCUGCCCAUGUUUCAUUACAAUAAACCCCAAGGUCGCUUGUCGAGUACGGAUGCUAAUUACGUAGAAACAAUUCAAACAAACGGAGGCAAAUUAGGUUUUCUUCAGCCGAUCGGUAAAGGCGCUUUCUACCCUAACGGCGGAAAAAAACAACCAGGAUGUAAGCCUGACCCUACCGGGGCUUGUUCUCAUGGUCGCUCCGUUACCUACUACAUCGAAGCUAUAAAAAUUGAUAAUUUUGCUUCGAUAAAAUGCGAAGAUUACUCCGAUGCCGUACACAACAAUUGCGGUACGCAAUACAGUAGCGUGCGCAUGGGUUCUGUGCAUAACGCUUAUUUGGUUAACGGCUCAUAUUUUGUGCCCGUAAACAAAAAAACUCCCUUCGGAAUGUUGAGCUAAGACUUUUAAACGUGAUUAAGUAAGAAAAACAGACUUUCACUUCGUUUGUGAUGAAUUUUUGAUAGAAAAAGGUUUCUUCUAAUUCAAUUUAUCCUUUAAUUAGAUUUAGGAGCUUUAGCCUGAGGCUAGUUUAACGUAAUAAUGACAGUUUGUGUUCAUUUUUUCUGUCACAUUUCGUUAAAAGCGUAGGAAAGCGAAGAAGAUAAGCUUCGCAUUAAAAAAAAAAAAAAAAAAAAA